GUUAGUCCUACUUUCAUUUUAAAAGUGAAAAAAGAAUGGAAAGAGAGAAAUGCCAAAAUGUGUUUCAGCAAAUAAGAAGACGUGAAUAUGGCAUAAAACAAGGGCCGAGAUCAAAAUUUGAAAUCCUUAAGACUCUGUUAUUAAAUGAAAACUAUGUUUACAAAGAUGUAUGGAGGGUAUAUUCAAGCAAACACAUAAAAACAGAAGGGGGAAGAAUAUUCUUAGAAAAUUACAAAGAGUGUUAUGGAGGGUAUGGAAAGGGGAAUAAGCCAGUUCACCUUUAUUCUCUACGGACCCCCCAGGACCAGAAGAUCGAGACAGCCCUAGAGGCUGCCAUUCAACCAGAGACAUUAUCUCUACCACAUCAUGGAGAACGGCCAUCAUUCCUGUGCAUUGUGGGUAAAUCCUGGUUAAUGCGGUACGACUUGUUGUCUGGGAGUUUACUGGAGGAAGUCUAUCUGUCCCCGAAGUCCUAUUGUAGUUUCAAAGAUUUGAGUUGGAAUGAACCGGGUAAAUCCAUAGUUGUAAAGUCCACACACAAUGUAGCUGGGGGCAUCCGUCCGGCAGAGUCAGGACAAUCAAAUAUUGUAGGUGUCUCAGCUUUGUUUGAAGUGUUCCCUCUAAAGUUCAUUGGAAUGUUUGAAAUUACUAGAAGUGUAUUUGGGAAGGAUACAGUGGAUGCUAUGGCCUCCAGUGGGUUUCUGACUACCAUGCACCGGUCGGGCAUGGUGAAGCUACACAGCUUAGAGUACAUCAUCCAGAAAUAUAAGCAGUUUGAGGCUGACCUUUAUACUUUGACCCCUGACCUUGGUUAUGUCUGUGGGAAGCAGCCUUAUGGUUUACCACUUAACAUUGUCAUCAAAGAAGAGCCACCAGUGCUGUUUCAGGUCAAGUGUUACCAGAAUAGUCUUGAGGUGGGAGGCUGUCCCUGGCACUUCAUCUACACUCCCCCCAACAAGAGGGGGUCCUUCCAAGUCAAGUCUCUCUCCUCAGAACAACUGGUGAAGAAUGGAACCCUUGAUUCAAAAGCAAUUGGUCUAGAGGAAGACAGAGCAUUGUUUUGUGCAGAUGAAUCUGGCAGAAUUUUACACAUUGACAGUACCUCAGUGAGUAUGUACCAACUAGAUAAGGCAGACUCUUCCCAUUCAGAGUUAAAGAAAUGUUUUACAAUUAACCUUGGCCAGGAAGGUCAGGAACCUCCCCCAGGCACCAUCACUACCACGACCUCAGGGCGACAUGUUCGGAGGAUCAGCCUGGGUUCUAUGCUUCAGAUGGACGCUGAACUCCCAAACUUGUAUAUUCACAAUGUGGAUUAUGAAAAUGAACUGAAUCUCCUUUGGACCAGUGUUGACUAUUCUGUGUCAGAAGACAAAGUGCAGAGCUAUCUACGUUUUCAUGAUAUCAUUUCCGGUAAAACUUUGAAGAAAAUUGAAUUGAAACAACCAUUUGAAGAGUCAAUGCAUGAAGAAAAUAAUCUGUAUGUAGACUUAGAUACAGUAGUGCAGACAGUUCGGUCAUUUAACAGUGAGUUUGCUUGUGUUGUGUACAGACUACAAUCAACAGAAGGGGAACAGAGCCACUCUGUAGCUCACAUCAAGUCCCCAGUGCAACGACCAUCAACACAAAGAUCUCGUCGUUCACGUAGAAGUCGACAAAACCUUGAUGGGGAAAUAGAUGAUGAAAGGACAUUGUCAAAUACUCAGAAUAUAAAUGAAAGGACUUCUGGUAAUAGGAGACGAAGUUCUAGGCAAGAUUCAGAUGAGGAAUGGUCAGUUGAGAGCAGUUCUUCAGAAACACGGAGGCCCAGACGCCAGGCAAGGCGUGGGGUUAGUGAAAGAUCUUCGUCCAAUCAUAGACAGCGGGGUAGGAGACGAACUAGUGAAAGAUAAGAAUGUUCUUUGUGCAAAAAGGAAUUACUGAUGAACUUACAAAACAUGCUCAGUGGAAUCACUUCUUUUCUUCUUAAGAAAACAUGAAAAUGAUUCCUCAACAUCAGACAUUGAUGGUUAUUUAAAGGGGCAGCUAGAGAUAUAAUAAUGUAAUGGAGGUACAUUGUAGUUCUUUAAAGCCGCCACAAGGAAGAUCCAAUUUGAACAGGCUAAUACUGUAGCGAAACAAAUUUGCUCGAGGGAUAUUGAGCAAAUGUUGAGUAGCAUUUUUGGAGAGACGUAAAGGAUAGAAUUUUUUAAAAUAUGGUGUCAGUAAAAUACUCCCUUAAUUAAAACAAAUUCAGAAUGCAUGUUAUUUUUAACAAAAUUUAUUUUUAACAACCAGUUUAAAGUUUCUAUCAACAAUUUUACAUAUAUUUGUAUUACCAUGUGAUCUAUGCUCAACAUUCACACUGUAUAUGCUGAAUUCCAACCUUUACUAUCAGUAAAAUUUUGACAAGUAUCAAUGGUAAUGAGUAAUUGAAUAGAUAUAUACAAAUCU